AUGGCGUCGAAAACAGCUUCCCAGAUCUCUUUGCCAGAAGCCCGCGGCCUCAAGUACGAUGAAUCCGACAUGGCACUCUUCCAUGCCAAGCUUUCCUAUCGUUCCACCAUUGAAAAGCGAAUGACCUCGAAGGACUCCAAUCUUGUCUCGAUAGCGGACCAUCAAGGAAAGCUUCUCAAGCGCUGGGAAAUGUUAAAGCAGGUGGAGAAGGAGAUGGCGGAAAAGGGGAAGAGUCUGUCCCCGGCAGAGAAGAAACAGUUGGCGCAAUACGAAUGGCGGUAUAAGCAACUAGAGGAAGUUGCAACUGACAAGAGUGGGUAA